AUGUCUACAUCCAUUGUACAAGUUGGAUAUCGAUAUGAAAGCAUCAGAGCGACAGUAGCUAGAAAUGACAGCGACAUUAGUGAUCAUGUGCGGAUAUUCCUGUCUAAUGACGAAAACAGGAACAAAAUCAUCGGUCUGGAUACAGAACGAUCGGUUUUACAAUGUGGCAUAGAUUACCCUCCGGAGAGCAGACUCGUGGUUCUCCAGCUCUGUGAUGGCCAGAAUUGCCUAAUAAUCCCGGUUCGUUAUGUAUGUGGUAAUAAGCUUCCCGUUUCUCUCACCAAUAUCCUCAAUCUCCCAGAAUACACUUUCAUGGGUGUAGGUAUUAGUAAGGCUUUGGAAAUGCUGAAGAGCGAGUGUGGUUUGACCUGCAAGAAUGCCGUUGAUAUCGGUCCUUCGUCGUGGACCUUGUUGAGCAAGUCUCUUGGUAAAAUAAAACGUAAAUCCCAGGAAUACUUGUCGUUUAGGGAACCAAUACCAGAAGCUAUUUAUGAAGAUUGGGACAGUGGAAGUCUUAGCGAGAAUCAGAUCAAGCUUGCAACAGCAAAUGCUCACUUGGCUUUCGAAGUUGAGAAUAUGAUCUUAGAAAAUACCUAUUGA